AAUAUUUUUACUUAAUUUAUCCCAGUUUCCAUUCCUCGUCGACUUCUAAUUGAACGAAACUCGAAAAUCAGGCGUGCAGAAUUAAGGCCUGCACUGGCGUGUUUCAUUGAAUUCGUUCGAUUCAAAAUAAAUUGUGAUCAUGGCGAUGUCUAGCCUGCGAUGGCCCGAUUACGUCGUGAUCGGAGGAUAUUUUGCUUUUGUACUCGCUGUCGGCCUAAUCUCUUCCUGCCGAAGCAAAGGUGACAGCAUCAGCGGAUACUUCCUGGCCUCCAGAAAUAUGCACUGGAUUCCUGUAGGAGCGUCGCUGUUCGCAAGCAACAUCGGCUCCGGUCACUUCAUCGGCCUGGCAGGCUCCGGCGCCGCGUCCGGCAUCGGCAUAGAGUACCUGAGGGAGCGCUUCGGCGGACAGAGGAUCAGAGUUUACCUCUCCGUCCUCGCUCUCCUUCUCUACGUCUUCACUAAAAUAUCGGCUGAUUUGUACGCCGGGGCGCUCUUCAUCCAAGAAGCGAUAGGACAAACCUCCCAACAGUGGAUGUACCUGAGCGUCGUCAUCCUGCUGGGCAUCGCUGCACUUUUCACCGUCGCCGGGGGCUUGACUGCUGUCAUUUGGACCGACUUCGUCCAGACCAUCCUUAUGAUCGUUGGAGCCUUCAUCCUCAUGGCUAAAUCAUUCAGCGCCGUCGGUGGGUACGACAAGUUGGUGGACGAUUACUUCUACGCCACGGCCACCAACGUCUCGGAGCAGUACGAGUCCUGCGCGUAUCCUCCACCGUACUCCAUGAACCUCUUCCGUCCAGUGGGACCGGGAGAGAGCGACCUGCCCUGGACCGGCAUGCUUACCGGGCUUACUAUCAACGCCGUAUGGUACUGGUGCACAGAUCAGGUGAGGGGACUGGUGCACGGAUCAGGUGAGGGGACUGGUGCACGGAUCAGGCUUCAGCUCGCUGUCAGAAUCACCAGAGAUCACCAUCAGAAGCUCAUAGUGCCGGGCGCAAGAACGGAUGUAUACCGCCAUUCAUUCUUCACUUCCGGUACCAGACUGUGGAAAUCCCUCGCCCAGGAGACCGUGGCAGCUCCUGACCUGACUGCCUUCAAAGCAGCAGCGAAGGCCUGGCAACAGCGAGGUUCAUCAAGCUCUCAGCUCUUCGUGUACAUCCAAAGCAUUUCUUCGUUCCUGUCACCACCCAUCUGCGCCGUGUACCUCCUCGCCAUGUUCUGGAAGCGCACCACGGAACCUGGCGCGUUCUGGGGCUUGAUGAUCGGCUUGAUUAUCGGACUCAUACGCUUCGGGCUGGAGUUUGCCUACAGCAUCCCACCUUGUGGAUCAUCGGAGCCUGAUCCACGUCCCCAAAUCAUCAAAACCCUCGUCGGUAACGUCCACUACCUGCACUUCGGCCUCCUGCUGUGGGUCAUCUCGCUCGCCGUUGCCUUCUCCGUGUCAUUCCUCACUCAGCCCAUCCCUGAGCAAUGCUUACACCGUCUGAUGUUCAGCACCCGACGCAGUCUCGAGCCCAGGGUGUCCAUCAGGAAGAUUACGACUGAGGUCGACGAAGACAUCUUAGCCGAGAAACGUUCCCAGCGAAAUCCUUCUGUUGUAUCUUCUUCAGAUAAUAAGUCUUGCCUGAAGGAGCUUCUCUACCGCAUAUGUGGUUAUUCUGAGACUGCACGCUCGGUGACUCAGGACCAACCAACAAACGUCGACGUUAGAACUGAAGCUGAACAAAUACGAGACUCUGUCGAGUUCCUCAAUGAAGACCCCAAGCAGAAACAGUUGGUGAACGCACUGGCAGUGGUUGUCUUGGUGAUUGCGACAACUUUCUUCGGAUUUUACGCAUAAAUCAGGAUUAACGCAUUAGUUUUUAGAGUGUUGAACUUAUGCAAGAGAAUUGCACAUUAUAUUUUCUUAUCUAUAAUUUAGCAUUAAUAUUAAACUUUGCAAAUAUGAUAUCAUAUGCAUUAGAAAUAUUCCAGAAAUAAGUUAUAUGUCAUAAGCUAUUUGUGCUGCAUUCACCAGAUAUGAACCGAACUCCUCUCAUCAGUAACGUGUUUAAAGAGCUUGAAUUAUGGACGUAUGGUUUUCUAUUACAUUUAAAGCUUACUAAUACGUUUCUUCAAUUGUAAAGCUGAUAAAUUAAUUUAAAAAAUUUCGUGAGGCGGAAAAAGCACAGCGUUUCUUCAACCAAAUUAGGUAAAACAAAUUUAAACUAAGAUAAAUUAAAAAUAUACAAAUGCAUUGAUUGAAAUUUUUACGAUCAAUCCUAAAAUCUCUUCCUUUACUAAGCACAAAUGAACAAAACUUUUACUCCAACCAAAAUUUUCCGCGAAACUGAGUUUCAGGGAAUACGGGUACCUCUGAGCUAUUAGACCGGUACGCUGUACAUGGAGUUUUAUUUUAUUUAUUAUCAAUCCAGUUAUUGGAAAAUGAAAUCCCAGUGAAUGUUUCCUUGAACAUUAGACGAUCUGGUUUGAGAUAAAUUUUGAAAAUAAAUAAAUAAACGCGCUUUAUUCUUUAUUAGUAGAACUUUUUUUAUAUACGUUGGAUUUUUUGCCGUAAUUGCACUGUCCUGUAUCUGUAUAAAGCAUUUGAUUUUAAAUCUAAAUUUUACUACAUUGUUUUCAUAUCAGCUGGGAUAUGAAACUGGAGACCGUGAUAUGUUUAGCGAAAGGGAAUAAACUUAUUUAUAAAAUUUGCUGGCGUACUAGAAAUCAAAACGAAGGAUUUGAAAGACCAGUCUUUUGUAAAAUCGAGUUAACCUACUUUUACUUCGGGUUCGCUAUGCACUAAAUUCAAGAGAGCGAAUUGAAAUUUAGAUUCUGCUUUGGGUCGACCCCGUUUUAAUGUUGACCUGUCAAGCUAUUGUUAUUAUGAGGAAGUCCUCUAUAGACUAUAAACAUCUAAGCCUUCAGGAAGAAGCUUUGAACCAUUGUUUCUUGUGAAUAGAAUAUGCGUUGCUUCAUCGAUUUAGAAUUUGAAAUGAGGCUCUGCAGAAACUUCUUAGCCGGCGUAAAAUUUAAAAAGAUGCUACAUAAAUCUGCUGGGGCACAACACGGAAGGUGUUACGCCCUUGGAUUCCUGCUAGUAAGUUUCGUCGAUUUGUUCUUCUACGAUAACAAAUUCUCAGGUUAUCAUCAGAGCUGUAGACAAACCGGUGAAAUAUGGAACAAAAUUUAAGUAUUACAGUGACUCUUUAUAAGUUUGCGUUGCGAUGUGUUAAGAAUUAAUAGCGACGAUAAAUAAAGGCUAGGAUGAGGGAAUUACACAAUUGACGGUAAAAAUAUGCAAAUUGUUCAGGAACGCAUUGAGUAAAGCGAAAA